AGAGUGUAUAUAGUUUAGGAGUGUAUUUGACGAUGUGAGUACGGUUAGUCGGUCAACGAGGAUUAAUUUGGUUUAAUUGUGAUGUAUGUGGGUUAGUAGCAUAUCAUCAGUAUUUGGUGCACAGAAAGGAUCUGAAUUUUGAAAACUAUUUGAAGUAAUAAAAACAGUUCAAAAAUAUACAUAAUGGCGGAUUCUGAUAAAUUAAAUAUCGAUAACAUUAUCGCUCGACUCUUGGAAGUAAAAGGCUCUCGUCCUGGUAAAAAUGUUCAGUUAAGUGAAGCAGAAAUUCGAGGGCUGUGUUUAAAAUCACGAGAAAUAUUUCUUAGUCAGCCCAUCCUCUUGGAACUGGAGGCACCAUUAAAGAUUUGUGGUGAUGUGCAUGGCCAGUUUUAUGAUCUGUUACGUCUCUUUGAGUAUGGGGGAUUCCCACCCGAGAGUAACUACUUAUUCCUCGGUGACUACGUAGAUAGAGGAAAACAGUCUUUAGAGGCAAUAUCCCUUUUGUUAGCAUACAAAAUCAAAUAUCCAGAGAACUUCUUUCUUCUACGAGGAAAUCACGAGUGCGCUAGCAUCAACAGAAUCUAUGGAUUUUACGAUGAAUGUAAAAGAAGAUACAACAUCAAACUUUGGAAAACUUUCACAGACUGUUUCAACUGUUUGCCAGUAGCUGCGAUUGUUGAUGAAAAGAUCUUUUCUUGCCACGGAGGCUUAAGUCCAGAUCUUCAGUCCAUGGAGCAGAUCCGUCGUAUCAUGCGACCUACAGACGUGCCGGACCAAGGCCUCUUAUGCGAUUUACUGUGGUCAGAUCCAGAAAAAGAUGUUAUGGGAUGGGGAGAAAAUGAUCGUGGUGUUUCUUAUACCUUUGGUGCUGAUGUAGUUGCCAAGUUCUUAAACAAACAUGAUCUGGAUUUAAUAUGUAGAGCUCACCAGGUGGUAGAAGAUGGUUAUGAAUUCUUUGCGAAGCGUCAGUUGGUUACCCUUUUCUCAGCUCCAAAUUAUUGUGGCGAGUUCGACAAUGCAGGAGCUAUGAUGAGCAUUGAUGAAACUCUUAUGUGCUCAUUUCAGAUUCUGAAACCUGCAGACAAAAAGAAUUUUCCAUAUAGCAAGACGGCAUCUAAUCGACCAAAUACGCCACCUAGAGGCCAAGUCGGUAAGAAAAACAGCAAAAAAUGAUGACCGAUUACCUUUUCUGCAUGAAGAACUUUAAUAGUUUGAAAUACUUUGUAUUGUGGAUGAUCGUAUAGGUAGUGGUUUGAAUUCAUGUCAAUCUUUCAGUAGUUGCAGGGGGUCAUGUUACACCAGUGGUCACAGUGUGUGUGGGGGGAAUGUAGAAAACUUCAAUGUUUAAUAAUGAUUUUCCCUCGUGUUAAUAAUCAUUUGUAUUGUAAAGUUUAUUAUUUAUUAUAAAGGAAUAUUAUAAAAUCAUGGGUACACUAUAGAUGCGUAUGCUUAAUCACAUGCACAUGAUUUUAAGGACCAGGUAGUAAGGGUAUCAAGCUCCUAAUGUGCGUCAUGCCACAACUGAAGGGUUAAGAAUAGGAGAUCUAUGAACAAAAGACAAAUAAUUUUGCAGUUCAGUUCCAGUGUUUUAUUGCUUUAUAAUAUGAAACUUAAGAAAUCGUCAUCACGUCUUGUAUCUUGUACAUUUACAAACGAUAACUAUGAAUUUAAGUUUCAAACUCAUUAUGAUAUAAAGCGACCAUAGACUUGUACACGGUUUUGGGCUUGUAUUCACUUGUAGACUCUUACAUUUCACCAAUAUAUGUAGACACGUUCACAUACAGUAAAAACUUCAAAUCUGGUCCUUUAUUUUGUAAAUUUCAAGUUUCUUUUUUCAUUGACUAAUAUAUCAGUUGCUUUUUUAUGUCUAUCUCCUUAAACCUUGAUAUGCUGCUUAGAAAAGUCAUUCGUGCAUUUUAAAUGUAACAAAAUAAAAUUCAUAUUAUUAUCAACUUUGACUAACUAUUUUUUUUUGUAAAUGCACAAGUACAUUAUCUUAUUCUUGUAUCGAAUAUCUUUAGGGUUCAAGAACCGUGAAUAUCUUAAAUUAACUUAAUAGUUUUUACUAAGAAUGUGUGUAAUGUUGUUUAAAGAAGUAUACUUUUCUCUUAGAUUACGUUUCUAUGUAUAUAUAAAGAUAAUAUUACACAGUGGUAUAAGAUUUAAAAAAUUAACUAUCUUCAUUAACGUUCUGUCAGUCGAUCAUUUUUGAUGAUAAACUUCGAGCACUGGACAAAAACCUGAAAAAGCACACCUGGUCUUUCAAAGACUAAAAAUCAGCCCUUCAGUUUCUGUUUGCACAAGGAGUGUAGCUUUAUGUUUACCGAGGUGUUUUAGCUAUGCGGAUAGUGGCUCAAAUUGUAAUUAUUGCUCUUCCUGCAUGCGCAACUACCAAAAUUUUGUCAGUCAAUACUCCUUUGAGAAGCAAUGUUAUAGUAUAGUCCAAAUGAUGAACUUUUCAUGUCUUUAAAAUACAUUCUUCAGAAGGUUUUGUUUUUUCUUUACUAAACUGCAAUCAUUAGUAUGUGGAUUAAGGUAUUAUGAAUACUAGGCAUUUUAGCUAAACAUUUUCAGACAAGUUUUUGAAAAAUUUCAUUUUGUAUUUACACAAUCUGUUAUUUUUAAAGGCAUAGAUACUUAGUUUUGUACGGAUUAACUUAUUUCAAAGUAUACCACUUGCUCUGGUUCGCUAUUUGAACUUCGGUCAAAAUUGCUGGUGCCCAUAUCUCUUAAUUUAUUUCUUUUUUUAGGUGUAAAAUUUUUGUUUUAAUUAAUGGUAGUUUUGAUGUAUUUGCAUAUAAAAAUGCUACAAUUAUUACAACUCAAGAUAAAGGACUGUAAGUUUAUAAUGAAAGGAAGAAACUUGUGAAUUGUUUCAAUAUUAGAUGUUUGUGUAGUUCUGAAAUUUUAAUUUGAUGGAUUGUAUCCAUAUGACACCGACUGGCAGUAGUUUAGGGAAGUUACUAAAAUAGUUAUUUCUUAAGAAGUUAAGACCAUUCUGUCCAGUCUUAUAGGCUGCUGUUUGCCAAACUGUUUCUUUGUUUAUAAUUUCUAUUUUAUAUAUGACAUGUGGCUGUUUGAUAUUUUUGUAUCUUGUUUUAACAGAAUUUCACUGUUGGCAACAUAUGGAAAGUGUUUGUUUAGCCGAUACAUUCUUGUUUUUUUGUAUAUUUCUAGAAAGACAACUGAAGAGUAUUAAUUUGAUGUAAACCUUUUAGUAAUUUCAACAAUAUUUGAUUCACGUAAAACUGUUAUUUUGUGUAUGUGGCAAGUUCAUGCCUUGUUGUUUGCCACUGUUCUAAGCUAUAUUAUUUCAGGAAAGUAUACCAUUUGUUAAAGUAAAUUUUAGAUGUAAGAAUUUUAUAAAAUAAUAAUUUCUCCAAUUUCCUACUUGGGCAUGAGAAAUCAUUUGUUCCUGAACCAGAUCUUAUGAAACAUACCUGUUGAGGACCACUAAGAUUUUUUCCAUGUGUCAGCAUUAUUUCUGAAUUUUUAGUGUCCUUUAAAUGUUAAGAAGGCCAAAUCACAGUCUUUAGGUACAUAAUAACAGAUUUUGCCAUCUUUAUAAAAAAAAAACAACAACAACAAUUUGCAUAGCAUUGUAAGUGUUGAAACAGUUGUGAAUAAUUUAAUCCAGUCACGCAAUAGGGUAAAAUACAAAUAAUACUAAUUGUAACGAACUGCCAAAGUUUAUAAAUUGAAAUUUAAGGUUUACUUUAUAAGAAUUAUUAGUGAAAAAAUUAAAAUAUUCUUUAAAAAAGCACAAUAUAACCUUCUAGUAAGAAGAAUAUAUUAACUCUUAAGUCGCACCUUUUUUUUUUUUUUUUUUUUGUAUUUUUGGUCAUAUUCCCAAAAACCUCGUACUUAAAAAGUUCUAGUUCUCUACUGAAAUGAAGGUUUUAUUAUACACUCUACAUUAAAAAUCUUUUUUUUGUCAUUUUCGAUAGUAAAUGUAUAUCCUUGUAAUCAGUAGUUGUUUUCUUCGCCAUCAAUACGGGAAGUGUGUAGCAGUGUUAAGAAGUUUAAUCUUGAAGUCAAUUUUAGGAAGUACAUUUUUUUACAUAUUGGUUUUUGGGAAUGAUUUAUGCACUUUUAUCAUUUUAAUCAAGUACAAAAUAUUUAAAUUAUUGGAGGGAUGUUUCCAUACUUAGUGUGGUAAUGUUCACUUAUAUUGUAAAAUGUUAAUUUUUUGAAAAAUGUAAACAUUUUAAAUGAUUUUACCUCCAUAAUGUCAUUAGUGAGAUUCUGUACAGACUGUUUAUUCUCGUGUGUGAAUUUAAUCUAUUUUAGAAUAAAAGCUUUUAAAAUAGUUUGUGUAUGAUGAAGUAGUUAGAAGCUAUUUCAUCUUUAAUAAUUGUAUAAUAAAAAUAUUCCUCUAUUAA